UGGUGUCAUCAUCAGUAGCCAAAGCAUUGAAUUCGCUGAAGAGUUCGCAUACUGCUGAUCGGUGUAUUAUUUCUUUUGUUUUUGCUGAGGCAGCAUAAAAACCUUCGAGAAAUUGUGCCCUCUGACUGGUCAGUAGUAUCAAGCACGUUUUUCGUUUAACUUUUCGGUAAAUCAAAUAACAGAAAAAAAUGGAUGAUGUUUGGGAUGAUGGAGUUGACGGCGAAACCGCAGUCGACCCCGGUUUUUCUCGACGAACACAGGGUGGUGGCGGCGACCGGGCGAAUCAUGAGCGUACCUCCAUGGAGGUAAAUUCACGCUGCAUUCCGCGAAUUAUCGGCCGGCAGGGCAACGUUAUCAAGAAGAUACGGUCCGACACACAAGUGGACAUUCAAAUCGAUGACGACAGGCCAGGCAAUGGUCGAAGUACUCUUCUGCUCUCCGGAAGCACCAGCAACAUAAAUCGCGCCCGAGAGGCGAUUCAUGAAGUCUUGAAUAACCUCGGUGAUGGCGGAGGUGGACAAGGUCGUAGUAACCGAGACAGUGGCGGAGGAGGUUAUCGUGACUCUGAUAGUCGUCGUAAUCGAGACGAUGGCAAAUGGGGUGGUCACUACGGCACCAGAGAAAGUGGUGGUGGUGGUGGUGGCGGCGGCAGCGGAUACAACCGCGGGCGUUACAAUGAUGAUCGCGACAGUGGUGUUCCGUUCGAGAAACGAUCGAACGGUCGUGACGGUGGGCGUCCACGGGAAAAGAAUUCUUUUAAUUUCGAUUUCGGGGCAAAGAGCACCUCACACAUCAAGGACGUUCGAGAUCCAAGUCCAGCUCUGAUCGACUGGGACGCCCUGAAUAAGCAAUGCGAUGAAGCCAGCCGAGAACAAUGGGCCAAAUGUCCCGAAUUAAUUAAAAAUUUCUACAACGAGCUGCCGGUAGUGGCCAACAUGAGUCCCGAUGAGGUGAAUGAGUUCCGCAAGGAAAAUAAUAAUAUAGUGGUGGAUCGAACCUUCAAGGAUCCGGAAAAACCGUCCGCACCGAUACCAAAUCCGGUCCGAAGUUUUGAGGAAGCGUUCUAUGAGUAUCCGGAUCUGUUGGCGGAACUGGAUAAAGCAGGCUUUACAAAGCCUUCGCCGAUUCAAUCGCAGGCCUGGCCGGUACUGUUGAAGGGUGAAGACUUGAUAGGAAUCGCUCAAACCGGUACCGGGAAAACUUUGGCUUUCCUACUGCCCGCCUUCAUCCACAUCGAUGGGCAGCCAGUCCCUCGAGGCGAACGGGGAGGACCGAACGUUUUAGUGAUGGCCCCGACCCGUGAGUUAGCCCUGCAAAUUGAGAAGGAAGUUUUUAAAUAUCAGUAUCGAGGCAUUCGAGCACUGUGUCUCUAUGGGGGAGGUGAUCGACGUACGCAAAUUAAUAAGGUGGAAUCAGGUGUAGAGAUUAUUAUUGCAACUCCAGGUCGGUUGAACGAUCUGGUUCAUGCGAAGGUAAUCGACAUAACCAGUAUUACGUAUCUUGUUCUGGAUGAAGCCGAUCGGAUGCUAGAUAUGGGUUUCGAACCGCAGAUCCGUAAGCUCUUGCUAGAUAUUCGUCCAGAUCGCCAAACGAUCAUGACCAGUGCAACAUGGCCGCCAGGUGUUCGGCGGCUCGCCCAAAGCUACAUGAAUAAUCCCGUGCAGGUGUACGUAGGAACGCUCGAUCUAGCUGCGACGCAUUCCGUUACGCAGCAUAUCGAAGUAAUUGACGAAGAAGACAAAUACAUGCGAGUGAUGAAUUUUGUAAAGAACAUGGACCGCAAUGAUAAGGCUAUUAUAUUUUGUGGGAGGAAAACACGUGCCGAUGAUCUAUCCAGCGAGUUCGUUCUGUCCGGCAUCAAUUGUCAAAGUUUGCACGGUGAUCGGGAUCAAGCGGAUCGUGAGCAAGCUUUGGAUGACAUAAAAUCUGGUGAUGUUCGUGUACUGAUUGCUACGGACGUGGCCUCUCGUGGUUUGGACAUAGAGGAUAUUACGCACGUGGUCAACUACGAUUUUCCCCGUAACAUUGAAGAGUACGUGCAUCGUGUGGGCCGAACGGGCCGCGCUGGAAGAAGUGGAAUCUCCUUGAGUUUUUUCACUCGCUCAGAUUGGGCGGUCGCCUCGGAUCUCAUUAAGAUUUUGGAAGAGGCAGACCAGGACGUACCGGACGAGAUUCGGCGUAUGGCUGAACGGUUUACGGCACGAAAGGAACGUGAUGCUCGGGAGAGGAAUGCAUUUGGUGGAGGACGCAGCGGGGGUGGCCGCGAUGGUGGUGGACGUCGAGGUGGCGGAAGGUGGUAAUUCUCCAGAUGGUUUAAUGAUCGUCGUCGAUUCUGUUUUCUCAAUGCAUCAAACGCGAAAUUUGACUGCUUCCCCGAAGCAUCGUACAGAUAUAUAUUUGCAAUGCUAUUGCAACCAUAAUUUCAUUUGAUAGUUAUUGAUUUUAUAAGCUGAUUAUCUAUUGUUACCCGAAGUACGGUAAUCGUUCGAUUAGUUUUCUACAGGAAAAUUCGUACAAUAUAGUUGAGAGUUGUUUCAGGAGUGUUGAGCUGCAGGUAUUUUUGUAGGCGGUAUUCCAAGUCUUAAGACUGAUCGAAUAGCAGCCAAAUGAAUGCUGCAAUAACUAUAUAUAUAGAUGAUAUCUCUAGAGUACAAUUCGAACGUUUAAUGUUCCACUAUAGGAAAAUGCAAUGAAUUCGAAUAAAAUUGUUCAGAAAACUUUUCUGAUAAUAAACAAAUGUAAUUAUUUAAGUCGGCAACAUAACAUUACUUAUCGAACCGAAUCUUUCCACAUUUCUGCUACGAAAACAUAGAAAUAAUGUCUGUGGUUAACUUUUGGGCGCUCACUUAUUUUUUAAAACGUAAAUAAAAUAUUACUGAAAUUUCUAAAUUAUGUAUAUGAUAUCAGCUCGUCAGGUUUAUCCUUUUAUCGUCAGGGGGUCGGAAAAACUGUCACAGCAUCACUCAAAGUGCUGCUUAAGACCGAAAACGAUGUUUAAGAGUGUAAGAAAUCUCGGAUCAUCAAAAGUAUUGGCAUAAACAUUCCAAGUUUAUUCCAGCCUCCGGCCACUGAGCAGCUGGGCAUUUCAUACACAGUCUCCUACGCAAAAACUAUAUGCAAACGAUGCAAAAACUUCCAGUAUUCGCGAGAACAAGAACAAUUAAAGCAAGAAUACUUAGCUUUUACUCAAAACUACAUUCGCCCUCUAGGAUCUUAUCUCGAACAUCAAUCCGAAACUUUUUCUCCACAAUCUUAUUUCCUCCACAUGGUCAGAGCAGUCAAAAUUUUCCUGGCUUAUUUUCACAACAAAUUUAGAUUUCUACGAUAUAAAUUUACAUUUGACACUCACACUAUAAGUGACUGAAUAAAUUAAUCUGUAUAUUGUCGAUAUUAAGUUACUUUGUCUUCCAGAUUU